UUAGGUACGCUGUACGUGGGCAUGCGGUGGAUUGAUUCAAAGCUAAGCAUGGGCACGAGCUGACUUCUUUUUUUUUUUUUUUUUCAGCAACGAUACAUUUGUAUAACCUAGUCUAUCCUAAUCUAGGGGGGGAAAGGGAACCUAAGGAGGCUGUGGUAAGGGGCUAGUGGGUAUACAGACCCAACUAGACCAAGGGAAUGCUAUGGCACAACCCUUAGUUUUUUUGCUGCAGGUGAGGAGCUGACUUCACUUUGUAAACAUUUUAUAGUCUGUUAUCUAAGAGCGCAACUUGCUUUCUCAAGGCUUGGAACCACUGUUUGGUUGGGAAAUAGUCAGCAAAGUAGCAGGUGGAACAGAUUAUAGUAAUCCUUCAAGUCAACGAAGCUGGAUCCAAGACGUUUAUAAAUUUGAUACCAAAUUAACCAAGUUGAAAAUAAUGUGCAAACCAAGCUUCAUCGGAUCCAAAACAGAGACCAAAUUUUACAUGCAUCUUUCUUGCAAGUGACAGUACCCUUUCCCUUUUCUUCUGUGAGAGGAACAGAUUCUGAUUGUUGGAAGUGUCAUGGCAAAUGAUCAGAGAAAUUUGUUCAAUUUCCGGUACUGCUGCUGCGUUCUCGUUUUCCUGUCUACUUUCUCAUCUAUUUCAUUCUUGUACUGGUCUCACUGCUCUAAAUGCUGCUAUUCAGAAAUCCAAACGGCAGUGCAGGAACAAAACCGAACGAUUAACUUGCUUACAUAUCCAUCAGCAUGGAACAAUCUUAACUUCCCAUCAAAACCACCCGCAAGACUUCUGAAAGUAGCCCUCUUUGUCAAGAAAUGGCCUGAUAAACAUCAUGCCGGAGGGCUCGAACGCCAUGCCACGACUCUCCAUCUUACUCUCGUGGAAAGGGGGCAUGAGCUCCAUAUCUUCACUACUGCAUCGUCGAACUCCUUCAUGGAAUAUCCAAUGAGCAACUUAAAAUUUCACCUCUCGAAACCGACAGCUGCUGGUUAUCUGGACCAAGCUGGUGUGUGGAAGCAAUUUCAAACUGAAAACUCGACAGGAAGAGCCUUUGAUGUGAUCCACACCGAAAGUGUUGGGCUUAUGCACACAAGAGCAAGGGAUCUGACUAAUUUAGCUGUUAGUUGGCAUGGUAUUGCAUAUGAAUCCAUUCAUUCUGACAUCAUUCAGGAGCUUCUGCGAUCUCCCGAUAAGCCCCAGUCAAAUCUACUGACCCAAAGGGCGAAGAAGGUUGUGGAAGAGGUGAGGUUUUUCCCUCGUUAUGCUCACCAUGUUGCCACUAGUGAUCAUGUCGGAGAUGUCCUCAAACGGAUCUACAUGAUACCAGAGGAUCGUGUUCACAUUAUUCUUAACGGUGUUUAUGAGGGAGUAUUCAAGCCAGAUGCACUAAAGGCCAAAGUCUUCAAGUCCAAGUUUGGCAUUCCACAAUCCAAAGCAUUGGUCCUAGGGAUGGCAGGAAGGUUAGUGAAGGACAAGGGACACCCAUUGAUGUUUCAAGCUUUGAAGCAAAUUUUGAAGGAAAAUUCUACAAUUCGGGAUAAUGUCAUGGUUCUUGUCGCUGGAGAUGGACCAUGGGGUGAAAGAUAUAAAGAGCUAGGAUCCAAUUUACUGGUUUUGGGGCCACUGGAACAAGCCGAGUUGGCAGGGUUCUACAAUGCAAUAGAUAUACUGGUAAACCCAACUCUUCGAGCUCAAGGGUUAGAUCACACCUUGUUGGAGGCUGUCCUGACUGGUAAGCCUCUCAUGGCCACAAAACUAGCUAGCAUUACUGAAUCUGUGAUUGUCAGCAAAGAGAUAGGGUACACAUUUUCACCAAACGUGCCUUCACUAAAGAAAGCUCUGUAUGAGGUUUGGGAAGAUGGAAGAGUAAUUCUGGAAAAGAAAGGUCAGUUGGCAAGAGAAAGGGGUUUGAAAUUAUAUACUGCCACAAAGAUGGCAGCGGCUUAUGAAAGACUAUUUCUCUGUAUUGCGCAUGAUAGAGAGUACAGAAGGGAUUACUGUAAAUACCAACAGCAAGUUGGUUAGACUAGAGGCUCCACUUGGUUUUAGAUAUAAAUUCUGCCUCAAAUUACCAAAUAAAUGGCAGAUUUGCAGGACCUCCAGCAAGUAGCAUUUGCUGCAAUUCCCAUGUAUCUCUACCCUGCAAACUAAGCUUCCUGUCUAUAAAACAAAACUUACAAUC